GAGGAGAAGCAGGGACAUGCAGUGUGCUGAGAUCACAUCCUUGGCGUGUGCACUGCGGCGACCGGCCCCUCGAACCUGAACCCGAACCCGAACCCGAGCGAGCUCUUUGUGGACGGCCUUCGGGGUUUUUUUUUUUUUUUUUUUCCUCCCCCCCUGAGUGAAUCUAUCCUUUCUGAAACGUGGAUCGCCUUGUACACGCGUGACCAUGGGCCGCACGUAGACGCGUCCCCGCUGUGGUGGGUUUCGCCGGAAUUUUAGGUUUGCCUCGCUGGAAUCGCCGCUGCAAAUCGAACCCGGGACGGCGCGGGAUGUGGGGGAGGAGCGAAUACGAGGACGGUGUGGAGCCCUACAAGACAGCAGGCUCUGGUGCCCCCUCUCCAGCAUGGCUUCCAGGCUGCGAAUCCACAGCGUGGCCCCCAACUGCUUCCUCAUCGACAGGCAGCAGCAUUAACCGUGGCCGCCGACACAGUACAGCUUCCGACAGCGGCGACACAGGCAUUGGCACGUCUUGCUCUGACAGCGUGGAAGAUCACUCCAGUUCAAGUGGGACACUGUCCUUCCAGCCUCUGCGUCCUCACGGCUGCAUCCCCACGGCACACGUCAUGCCCUCGCCAUCCAGCUCCAAGCUGGAUGCCUCAUCUUCCAGAGGCCCCUGGAGCACCUCGCAGCCAACAACACCCGUCAACGGCCCUCUGGACAUGAAGGACCCACGUCCAGUGCGCCGCUGGUCCUCACUCACCCGUCUGGCUGGCUCUGAGAAGACCAGCAUGCGAGGGGUCAUUGGAAGUCGGGUGGAGGCCCACGGCUCGCUGGACCGCGGGCUUCAGUACAGCUCCCGACUGGGCAGCCUGCAGCACAGCCUGGAGACCUUCCGCCUGGACAGUUCCCCAGGUUCUCACACAUUUUCACCAGGGGCAGAGUCCUGCUACAGAUACGAGCCAAGCGCCACAUUAGAAUCCGGCGUUACAUCACCCCUCAAGCCCAGCACCCUGGACCUGACCUUCAGUGCCUUGCCCGAGAGCAGGACCCCAGUGACCCCUCUUCACACCCCCGGGCAGAGGAGCACAUCCCUUGGACACAAAUCAGUGGGCGGCUCUCCCAUCCAGCCCGCCGUGCGAACCCAGAUGUGGCUGAGUGAACAGAUGCACUCCAACCCAGUAGAGUAUCGGUCUGGCCAAGACCCAUGCGGGGGCAGCCCCUGGCUGCAGGAGCAGCAGAGAGAACGUCUUCGGCAGGAGGCAGAGUUUGCGCAGAUGCUGAGUGGGACGGCCCUCCCAGUGAACACCUUGGUGAAGAUCAAAGAAGGUCUCCUUCGCCAGAGAGAGCUGGAGAUUGACAGGCAGAAGCAACAGAUACUGCAACUCCAUGCACGGAUAAGGGAGAAUGAACUGAGAGUGCAACAGGUCCUCCAGAACCAAAGGGGGCGCAGUGAGGAUGCCUACCUGCUUAAAGCAACGCAGGACUCGCCAUUCGAUGGCCCGCGGCUCCCGGUUCAGCUUCCAAACGGCAUGGGACCGCUGUGCUGCGAGAACGGAGAGCUGGGCCGCAGGAUGGCAGCUGCCGAACUCGAGGUGAUCCAUCUCAACGAGCUCCUCAAGCAGAACACACAGAAGUACACGGAGGACAUCAAGAAGCUGGAGGAGAAGAUGAAGACACGGGACCGCUACAUCAGCAGCCUGAAGAAAAAGUGCCAGCGAGAGAGCGAGCAGAACCAGGAGAAGCAGCAGCGUAUUGAGACGCUGGAGAAGUACCUGGCUGACCUGCCUUCGCUGGAUGAGGUCCAGACCCAGGCCCAGCAGCUGGAGGAGGUGAGGGGGGAGGCGCAGACCCUCCAGGACAAGGCGUCCCAGCUGGAGCAAAGCCUGGCUGAGAGCAAGGCCCUGCUGAAGGAGAAAGAGGCACUGAUCGAGAGCCAGGCGCAACGGGAGCAGGAGCUGGUGGCCACCGUUCAGAGCCUGCAGGAGAAGGUGGAGAAGUGCCUGGAGGACGGUGUGCGGCUGCCCAUGAUGGACCUGAAACGGCUGGAAAGGGACAACGCCUCCCUGAGGGAACAACACACCCAGAGCAGCAAGCUCCUCGACAAUCAGAAGAAUCAGAUUGAAAAGCUGAGCCUGGAAUUGGCGGCCAUGGAGAAGAGGCUGCAAACGGAACAGGGUGUGUCCCAGGAGCUGCGUAGCCAGCUGCAGGAGAAGGAUGAAACCCUGGAGGCGCUCUCCAAAGCCACGCAGGAGAAGCAAAGAUGGCUAGAAGAGGGCAUGUCGGGGCUGGACGUUGGUCCGCUGCUGAAGGAGAUGUCACUGUGCCUGCUGGACCUCAAGGCUCUCUGCAGCAUCCUAACCCAACGGGCCCAAGGCAAGGAGCCUAACCUGGCGCUACUACUUGGCAUCAAGUCGAUGAACUGCGCAGGCGAGGACACGGAGAAGCCUCUGCGAGCGGACAGCCUGCAGGCCGAGCUGUCUGAGGUGUGUCGGCUGCGCAAGGAGAUCGACGAGCUGCGGACGGCCAUCUCGGAUCGCUACGCGCAGGACAUGGGGGACAACUGUAUCACGCAGUGACCCCUGCAAUGGUCUUCCGCUUCCUGUCGAAACCCUACUGCAAGACAGCUGAGGGACUGCGUGUUUUUCUUUUUUUUUUUUUUUUUAUUUUUUAUGUAAAGGAUUGUCACAUAAAGGGGGGGGUGUGUGUUUAAUCCGUGUGUUCUAACGCAGCUCUGGUAGCUGGAGAUCCUCAAACUACUGAAUGUAGGACCAAGCUGUGAAUCACGUUUACAAGGAAGCUGUAUUUGAGUUUUAUUUCUCCUUUUUAAUUUUUCUGCAUUGUUAAUGCUUCUGUCCCACCUUGUUUUAUGUGUGAAUAUUUAUACCAACUAUGGCAAGUCUCUCUCUACCACAUGGAUGGGAUGCUGUGUGAGGUUCCUUCUGGAAGCUUCUUCCAUGACCCUGGAGUGACAGACUGCUUGUUCUGGGCCCCGCAGCUCCAGUGUGAUCCUCAGUGCUGCUCGACUAAGUGCCUCACAUGAAAUGCAGGUCCUACACACUAUUGUCCAGUCUUCAGAUGAAGAUCCUACCGCCCUACCCCCCUCUUGAUCUUUUUGGAAUGUGGAUCCAAACAUGGGGAGCAGGUCUUCCACAGGUGGCGGUAGCGUAGAGCAGGUCGCAGGUCGAUCACUGCAACGGCACCUCUCGAGAGCCUGUCUGUACCUCCCCUACUCCACCGGGCAGUGUUUCCAUUGGAACAUUUCAGAGAUAGGUAAUGUUUUUAAAUUGUAGGAUGUGGGAGAACAUGAGAAAACUUUGGUUGUUAUAAUCCAGAAAAGCAAAAGAUCAGGUUUUUUUUUUUUUUAAAAAAAAAAAAGAAAAAAAACACACCAAAUGUAUUUUAAAGAAAUCAAAGCAAUAUCACUAGUGUCACUGACUGGCCUGCUGCUGUAACCAUUACAUGGUCCUGUGCAGUGUGACAUGUUCAGGGUUGUGUUGUUUCUUGUGAGACCUCCAGGAAAAAUCCAAGUGGAGAAGGGAUUAUACUUACCAAAGUUAGCUAACAGAGUAGUUUUGUUGCCUUACCUUUGUAGUUGCAAAAAUAUUAUGGUAAUUUAAAAAGGUGGCAACAACACAUUUUAAUGACUUGUGUUCUGGUUUUCAUCAUGCACCCAAAAAGUUGCUGUGACAGACCUAAUGAAGAGCUUUUCCCUAUGACUUAUCCACAGAGCCAGCUCUAUGUCUGUGUGUAUCUUGUGUGAGAAAGCGAGAGAGCGAGAGAUGGAUGGCUGGUACCCUGGUUCAAGGCCCAUAGGUGGGGAAGGAGGCACUGCAGGUUCGAACCCCCAACUUGGGACCUGCUUGACAUUACUCACCCUGCAGUGGACAGGUGUUUAUGGGUGAAAUGAAUGUAAAGUCUAGUCAUAAAUGUGUGUGGGAGUAUCUCCAGUGGGCCUAUAGAGAAAGCCAUUGUUCUAAGCUUGUUCCUAUGGCCAUUUUACAGGUAUAUAAUUGCAUGUAAUUUAUAAGUAGUUCCAAAACUUGACAAUAGCCCUGAUAUUAAUGUUCUGGAUGAUUGACUUUACUCCAAACAAAAGAUACUGUGUUUACAUGUUAACCAGGUAGAAAACUAUGAUUGUAAUCCAUAUUUCAAAGAGCACACUUAAGGUUCCUUAGCAUUGCAACUGGAUGGGAAGACUAUGCAACAUAUUUACCAGCCAUCUGCAUCCUAUAGAUGGUCUUAGAUUCCCUUUAGUGCCUUGAGGAGCUUAUGCAAUGUUUCACCAUUGUUUUAAGGUUGCAUCCACUUCUUAGUUUUCCUUAAAACCUGUUUAUCCACCCACCCUCUAGAAUAACCAGUGUCUACAAUUUGUUUUCUCUGCCAUUGUAUUUAUUUUAUGUUGUAUUUUGCUUUAAGCCGUAGUGGCAUGGCACUCAGGUGAAUAUUUGAUAAUGGCUCCAUUGAAAACCUCAAGAAUGUACCAUAGAGUGGGAGGUGGAUUUCCUGUAGCAAACAAGCUGUGGUCUUUCAGGCUACAGGGGGCUGCAUGGCUGUAGGGUUUUAGAGCUGUGGAAGUAGUACAAGAUGUAAACUGGUAGACAGUAUCAUAUGUACCAGUCUUCCACAGAAAAGUGCUAAGCUGAUACAUCUUCAGCCCUGAGAUUAGCAGAGAAAAAUAUGGGCAUAACAGCCUCUGUGGGAUGAGCAUAAGACCCUUGGAGAUGGAAAGGGAAGCAACUGUUACAACUCCCAUGAUGCACUGUGGGCUAGGAGCCACUGGCUGGCUUCACCAUACCUAGAACUUUGAGUGGUUUUUAUUAUGUGAAGCUUUUUAGUUUUACAAAUGCCAAAGGUCUAUUUAUAUACUGUUUUACAAGAGGUAUUAAGACUGGUAUUUUUACAUUUGACUUUUUGCUUAAAACUUGUAUAGAUUGCAAAUAAACUAUUUUUCUAUGAGGGAUUGUCAGAUUUCACUGAAUAAAAUGGAUAUACAAGCAAUGCACAUUAAUCUAAGAGAGCUGGGACAGGUAAAGAAGGUACUCUACAGUGUAGUUAUAGUAAGCUAGGUACAGCAUACUGGGCUUUUUCAGGACAGUUAACCAGGAAUAUGACCAGCACUGUCCCAGUUACGCAUUAGCAGUGCACAACCCCCCCCC